CUCCGGCGCAGUAAUGUCAACGUAAAGGAGCGCCGCACAAGCCCAGCCGAAGCGUGUGCCGCUCAAGUGUGGGCGAUGUUGUGACAGCGCGCUCGGCCGUGGGGUUGGGGGGCGGGGGGGCUGCUCUCCAAAUGAGCCACUUCUUUUUUCGGGAGCCUUCACCAUUCACACGCCGAUGAGACGCAGCCCGGAUCGCUUUUCGGGACUAUUGGCUUUGGAUACUCGCGUUUGGCACCAGUCAAGUAAAAAGGGGCAUCUGAUGAGCCUGGCAGGUGCAGCAGUGGCGGCGUCAGCAGCCGGCCUUCAAGGCGGGGCACGCCAGCGAGACUUGAUCAUGGAGCAAAAAGUCAGCAAACUGACAUCCGGCUUCCAGCGCAGUUCUACCUCGGACGACGACUCCGGCUGCGCACUGGAGGAGUACGCCUGGGUGCCACCUGGCCUUCGGCCUGAGCAGGUCCAACUGUACUUCUCCUGCCUGCCCGAGGAUAAGAUUCCCUAUGUAAACAGUCCGGGAGAGAAGUUUCGAAUAAAGCAGCUACUCAAUCAACUACCGCCGCAUGAUAAUGAGAUUCGUUACUGCCAGUCUCUCAGUGAGGAGGAGAAGAAGGAGCUACAAAUGUUCAGUGUCCAGAGGAAGAAGGAAGCCCUGGGGAGGGGCGCACCCAAAGUGCUGCCCCGCAGUCGCCUGAACAGCAUUUGUGAGCAUUGCGGUGAGAAUAUCAACGGUGGAGAAAUGGCAGUGUUCGCAGCCCGGUCGGGCCCUGCAUUGUGCUGGCACCCGGCGUGCUUUGCUUGCUCCACAUGCAGUGAACUUCUGGUGGAUUUGAUAUACUUCUACCAUAAUGGGAAGAUCCACUGUGGAAGGCACCACGCUGAGCUCCUCAAACCGCGCUGCUCAGCCUGCGAUGAGAUCAUUUUUGCUGAUGAGUGCACAGAGGCGGAGGGGCGUCACUGGCACAUGAAGCACUUUGCCUGUUUUGAAUGCGAAACCAUCCUGGGGGGCCAGCGUUAUAUCAUGAAGGACGGGCGCCCCUACUGCUGUGGAUGCUUCGAGUCUCUGUACGCAGAGUACUGUGAGGCAUGUGGAGAACAUAUUGGUGUUGACAAUGCUCAGAUGACCUACGACGGUCUCCACUGGCACGCCACUGAAAGCUGUUUCAGCUGUGCCCAGUGUAAAAGCUCUCUCAUGGGCUGCCCCUUCCUGCCACACCAGGGUCGGAUCUACUGCUCGAAGGCAUGCAGCCUCGGCGAGGAUGUGCAUGCCUCAGACUCCUCCGACUCUGCCUUCCAGUCGGCACGCUCCCGCGAGUCGCGUCGCAGCGUCCGCAUGGGCAAGAGCAGCCGAUCGGCCGACCAGUGCCGUCAGUCGCUCCUUUUCUCGCCGUCGGUCAACUACAAGUUUCCUGGAUUGAGUGGAAACCCUGACGACACCGUGACCAACAAGCUCACCCACAUGAACUUAUCAGACGAGCAUUUCUGGAGGGCGCGCACUGAGGAGACUGAUGCCCCCGAGGAUCAGGAGGAAGAGUGGGCGGAACAUGAAGACUAUAUGACUCAGUUACUCUUAAAAUUUGGGGAAAACGGGGUCUUCAGACAAGCCAGUGACUCCAGACCCACAGAUUUUUGGGUUGCAGAUAGAGAUGCCAAGUCCAAACAGGAAUCAUUCAAAGUUGGAAGCAGUGGUGGAGAAGGAAGAGGCAGCCUGGCCAGCAAGAAGUACCAGGCCGACAUGUACUGGGCCCAGUCACAAGACGGGCUAGGGGACUCAGCCUACGGUAGUCACCCGGGUCCCGCAAGCAGCAGGAAGAUCCAAGAGCUUGAGCUGGACCACGGAGGUGGCGCAAGUCUGGAAGAUGAGUCGCAGUGGUACCGUGGCUCUUUGGAGUGCAUAACAGACGAGUUCAAGAAGAAGGAUCAGAGUGUCCGAGACUCGAUGGACUCACUGGCCCUCUCCAAUAUUACUGGAACUUCUGUUGACGGUGACAGUAAAGACAGACCUUUGGUGUAUUCCAUGCAAGGUUUCCACGUGCUCGAGACAGAGGACUGUGAGAAAACAAGUAACAUGGGGACCCUCAACUCCUCUAUGUUGCACAGGAGUACAAAUUCAUUGAAGAGCCUUGUAUCCGAGCAGGAAGCGGAGGAAAAUGUUGCCGAAGAAGAGGUGACACAUCUCCCGGAGGACAGACCAAAACCACACGUCCCUGCCCUAAGGAGGACACGUUCACAAGCUCGACAGCAGCAAGUGAAAUUCUCCGAUGACGUGUUAGACCGUUAUAGUGAUCUCCAGGUGCGACAGCCCCCGAUGAGUGAACGAACCCGUCGCAGAGUCUUCCACUUUGAAGAGAAGGGCCAGGAAAAUCACUCUGGGCGCAGCCAUCACCAUCACAGGAGGCGACGUAGCCGCAAGUCUCGCUCUGACAACGCUCUUAACCUUUUGCCAAAAGAGCGGGCCCAAAUGGGCUACGGAAUGGACCACAGACGGAAUGCACAGGGCCCAAGAAUGGAUCCCGGUUUCCAUGGACACCCGCCGGCUGGCACCAUGUCAGAUUACAAGAUUCAGGGCUCAGCCAUGGGCAGGUUCUUCGAUCUGUGUGGGGAGGAUGACGAUUGGUGCUCUACAUGCUCAUCAUCAUCUUCUGAUUCGGAGGAGGAGGGCUUUUUCCUAGGUCAGCCCAUCCCCCAGCCAAGGCCACUUAGACACUACUACACUGAAGACUUGCCCAGCCCUGUGGCAGGCAUGUCUCCACUCCCCUAUGGCCAACGGACUAAAUCCAAAAAGAAGAAAGGGCAUAAGGGUAAAAACUGUAUUAUUUCAUAGGCUUUAUUCUCUGCUUUGGGUUAUCCAACAUCUGCUCCUGUAAAAACAGUGAGACUGUGUUCCACUAAAUGCUUGUUCUAUAUACGAUCUGAUUUGCAAGUGUGCGCUUUAGUGGCAUUACUUGCUGGUAAAUUCAGUCAGUAUUUGAGAGUAAUGCAGAUUAAUAAACAUGAUCUACAAACCCAAUGCCAGUGAAGUUGGGAUGUUGUGUUCAGCAUAAAUAAAAAGAGAAUACAAUGACUUGCAAAUCAUGUUCAAUCCAUCUUUAAUUAAAAACACUACAAAGGCAAAGCUGGUUAAGGUCAAAAUUGAUCAACUUUAUUUUUGGAAAAUAAUCAUGAGAAUUGAAUUUCAUAUUUUAUGGCUGCAAGAAGUUCCAAAAAAGACUGAGAAAGUUGAGGAAUGCUCAUCCUGCAAGUGGGAACAGGUGGGUGCAAUGGUUCCCUGAAUUUCUCAGUCAGUUUGGGGCUACUUAAGUGCAACUUAAAACUCAACUAAGCAAA